AUGGACCACCACCACCCCCAUGAGCAUGGGUCCCAUCUCCCCGUCCGUGGUACCAUUCCACGGCUGUCCAAACUACCAAUGCCACGUGCAGUGGCCUCAAGUGAUAACCUGAAACUGUCUGCUCGCUCGUCGAUGGUAGGAAACAUUCACCACGAUGAGUUGCGCAAGACGUCACAUAUUCCGCGUCCUCUCGGGGAGAAUGUCAACCAGUCAAUUCGCUCUCGAUAUGGUUGGCUGGAUAGACCUGUCAACCCUAGGAGCGAGUCUCCCGUGAGAGACGCUCUUCACGAUGUGCAAGUCACGGCCUUGGACACCACUCCCCCUGGAUCCAACCACGAUUCCCCGGUGUUCGAGACUGGUAACGAGAACUCAACUGCCUCAAUGGCCGGCACAAAGGAAAAACACCGGACUCAGCAGAUUUCCCCAACUCCUUCAUCCAUGGCACUUCGCCCAGAUUCACCGACCAAAAGACCGUUUCGACCGCCGGGGAGGAACUCGCCAGCGAAGGACAUGAUGGCGCUUCCAUCGGUCGUCUCGCCGGGCGAAAUCUACACGCCUCCCAAAGCUUUUGUCAAAGGUCAGCGCUCGCGGAUUGCAAAACCACUUCGGGAUUCCAGGAGAUCCGCUAGUUCAGCCUUUGAUGUGACGUACAAGGAGUCUACUGGAGGACCGCCAUCAAACCUUAAAGCGCAAACCCUGAAGCAUAGGCCAACCUAUGGCGACAGGGGAGCGAUGUCGCCCACUCCAGCUUCAAAACAGUCUCUUUCGUCCCUUUUCAGGGACCCUUCUCCUACGCCCCGACCCUGUGGCAAGCUCGCGGUCUCCAACGUUGAGUCGCCGGCAGCACUUCUGAAGCCCCGGUCAAGAGGCGAGAACAGCCUCGCCCCGUCAACCCCUCCCUCCAAAUCAGCAACCAAAGCGAAGAAGAAGGCUUCAGUUCAGCCAGAUAUUAGUGUUGUUGCGGCAGAAGAAGCUCAAGCAGCAAAUACUGCCAAGUCUUCAGCGGCUCUACGAGAAACAAUUGCAAAAGCAAAGGCUGCGAAAAGAAAAGCUCGUGAAAGCGCCGGGACAGCAAAUGCACCGCUAGCUGGACCGCCUGGCUGGCCGUCGGAUUUUGCAGAAGACGCCGUUUCUCUCGACGGCGACAACAAAGGACUCUUGCGGAAGCGUAUCCAACAGGCCGUGACGUCAGGCCAUCUGAAUAUCGCUGCAAUGAAGUUGAAGCAGAUACCUUCAGAAGUGAUGAAGAUGUAUGAGCCGGAGAACAGCACGACAAAUUGGGCGGAGAUGGUGGACCUAAUAAAAAUCAACGCAGCAGACAACGAGUUAACGGAUUUGGAGGACGAGAUGUUUCCCGAUUUUGCGGAAUCGGACCUAACCGACGACGACGAGAGGAGAUGUCAAUUCGGUGGCCUCGAAACACUGGACUUGCGCCGAAAUCGAUUGCAGCAAAUACCGACAGGGUUGCGACGGCUAGAAAGACUUCAGGUGUUGAAUCUGAGCGGCAAUAAACUUGACAACAAGGCUUUUGAGGUCAUCGGCCAGAUUCCUUACCUGAAGGAGCUUAUUCUCGCAGACAAUCUCGUCGAAGGCACGUUGGAACUGGGCGACUGCAAGCUCGAACAUCUUCAAGUUUUAGACUUACACGGCAAUAAAGUUGAGAGCUUUGGUGUAGCAGGUCUGUCCGUGCUCCAAAACUUGAAGGUCUUGAAUAUUGCUGGCAACAAGUUUUCAACACUCCCCUGGGACACUGUACCUACCUCAACUCUGACCGAACUCAAUAUCUCGCGAAACCGCGUUUCGGGCGUCCUCCUGUCAGACGCGCUCGCUUUCCCUGAGCUGCGUACCUUGGAUGCAUCGUUCAAUGAGCUCCAGAGGCUUUUCAACAAUGAAAGUGUCCCAGAGUUCCCCAACCUGCGGUCUCUUAUUCUAAGUGGUAACAAGUUGAUCGGCGUACCAUCCUUGACGAAGUGCAAGCAGCUCUAUACCUUGGACGUAUCGGAGAAUCAGGUGGAAGAGAUUCCCUCGGAGUUUGCGCAGCUGGAGAAUUUGAAGACUGCAGAUUUUGGAAACAACAACAUCCGACUCGUUGUGCCCGAGAUCGCGAUGAUGAUCAACUUGUCGAGCUUCAACGUUGUUGGAAACCCACUUCGCGAGAAGAAGUACCUCACGAUGAACACUUCUGAGCUCAAGGCAGAUCUCGAGAAGAAGCUUGAAAUAGAGCAGUCUGAGAAAUCUCCGCAAGAGCCGAGCGACAACCUCACCAACUCGGUUUCCAAAGGGGAGUACCGCUAUACCCCUUCCAAUGGGACCCUCGACCUCUCCUCACAGUCUAUUGCUAGCCUCUCUGUGGGUGAGAUCGACUUGUCUUCACCAAUCCACACCCUCAAACUCUCCAACAACGAGCUUACAUGCUUUCCGGUUGACCUCCUUUCACACCCGUCCCUCAAAUACAGCCUCCAGUCCCUCGACCUCUCUCACAACCCUCAACUCCAUCCCACAGAGUACCUGGCCAGCGAGCUCUUCCUCCCGAACCUGAAAUCUCUCUACAUCGUUUCCACGGGGCUCACUUCUCUCGACUCGCUCACCUCAAACCUCAAAGCCCCGGCGCUCACAGAGUUGAACAUCUCGUGCCAUCGUCUCGCUGGCCACGUGCCGUGGGUUCGCGCCUGGUGGCCGAACGUAAACACGCUGCUGGCGACAGAUAACUGGUUCUCGUCUGUCGACGUCGAGGGCGUCCGUGGGUUAGAGGUGCUUGACAUCAGAAAUAACGAGAUCGAGACUCUCCCACCAAAGCUGGGACUGUUGGGCAAUCUCCCAGGCUCCAAGGAAAAGACCCCGGGGAGACUGAGGGUCCUGGAGGUCAGUGGAAACAGAUUCCGCGUCCCGAGAAUCACUGUGGUGGAGAAGGGCACGGAGGCUGUCCUGAAAGAUCUGAGGAGGAUGGUCAGGGAGGAGGAGCUGACCGACGAAUGGAGAGAUGUGAUAUGA